GAUAUCAAACAAGUAAACCAGGGAGGAAACACUAAUCUGAAGAAAAAAAUGCUUAUCAACUAGUAAAAAUAAUAUGAAUUAACACGAUAAUGAAGUGAGUAGCUCGGAAUCUAUUUUGAAAACAGAAAAGGAACAAAAAACGCAAAGAAAAAAUGGUAUGAGUGAUAAUCAACAAGGAGAGAAUGUAGAUAAUAUUUCAUCAAUAAUUUAUAAUAAAAUGAAAAAUAAAACAAAAAGUAUCAAAUGAUGGAUGGCAGCACGUUGAUGGUGAAAAAGAACAAUUAAAUAAGAAUAAGGAUACUACAGAUUCAAGUCCAAAAAAAAUCAGGUAAAGAAAAGUCUGAAAAUAAUGAAGGCAAAGAAAGAUAAAUUAUUAACAAACAGUGUUGUAAAUAGUAUAGUUGAUAGUGAAAAUUUCUAUAAAUUUUAAAAAAGAAAAAUAUCAAAAGUGUUUUAAAAAUAUAAAUAUGGACCAAUUGAGGAAACAUUAAGGUUUAAAGGUUGUGAUCCAAAAAUACCCAAAAAAGUGGCUGCCAUCUAAAAAGAAUUUCAUCCUGAUAUAAAGAGUGUAUCUAUCUUUUGUUUUAUAAGAUUUGUCAAACAAGAAGAUGCUCAAAAUGUGGUACAACAAAAUGGUAAUGUUUUCAAAGAAAAGUAUUUGUGUGUUUGUUGGUGUGGAUCUACUACAAAAAAUAAUGAGUGCAAGGCAAUAUUUGUUGGAAAUUUGAAUUUCUAUUUAAGGAGCUGAAGAAGAGCAGUUAUGGGAAUUAUUUGAACCUUGUGGUUUGAUAGAAUCAUCUGUUAGAAUGGCCAGAGACCCUCGUACCAGUAUGGGAAAAGGAUUUAGCUAUGUCAAUUUCACAGAUGCCCUACAAUUAGAUCUCCAGAAAAUGUGAAACUUGUGAUCGGGAAUUGAGAAUCAAAAGCGAGUCGUAUAACUGGUUGCGGAUAUGACAGGCGCUACAAAAACACUUUCAGUAAAAAUUAAACAGGAAAAUGUGUGAUUUUCGGAAUCUCCAUGAGAAAAUGGAUGAUACCAAUUGUUUUUUCGAUUCUUUCCUUUUUCUGAUGUGUUUUUUUUUAAAUAUCAAAUUUGUAUAUAAUUGAUUUAGUAUCACCAUUAAAGAGAGGCAACCAGUCAUACACAGUGCUUAAAACUGGUUGUUAUUUUAUCUAUGAGUUGUAUAACGGGUUGCGGAUAUGACAGGCGCUAUAAAACACGCGCGUCCUCUGUGCGAGAAUGUCCGAACCACAGUUAUCACUAUAUAGUAGAGAGAAAAGUUUGUGUCUUAUCGGGCAUAUGGCGGUGGGUGAAUCAAGAGGUGAAAAUUGGAUUUACACGAAAACGAUUGCCCAAAUUCGAAAACUGAUGUGAUUUUCGGAAUCUCCAUGAUAUGAUACAUGUAACCACGCAUUUUUUCCGAUACUUUUGAAGUAUGCUAUUUUUUCAAAUUUUCAAAAGUUAACCCAUUGGUUAUAAAAAUGACAAAAUCUUUUGUCUCCGAUUUCGCUAGAAUUUUGCACGAAGGGGUAUUUUGAUAUGAGGAUCCUAGAAAAGCUAUCAGUUUUUACUUUGCAGUUUUUUAUUUUUGUUUACAAAUUUGUUAUUGUUACAUAUUUAAGGAAUAAUAAAAUUUUUUUAUGAAAAAAUUGAACUUUUUAGAAGCAGAUAACUCGAUAACCGAUUGAGAAUCAAACAAGAGUAACAUUUUUUUGUAGAAUUUAACGCUUUUUAAUAUUCUUUUAUUAUUUUAGUUGUAAGUUUAGCCCAAAAAAAGUUUACUUUGAUUUAAUUAACACAAACAAGUGUAACUAGCGCCCUCUAUUAGCAGUGUUAAAUUAGAGUGCAAAUAAAAAACGUGAAAUUGCCCAUUUUCAAAUAGAAAUUGUGAAAACUUAAAAAACUAUUGCGAAAAUCAAAAUUUAAAUUAAACUAGCAAUAUUUGCAUUAGGCAUGUUGAGCAAAAUCAUCAUAUUUUGAGGUCUAGAAUCUACAGUUCAGAGAUUGGACAUUCUUAAUGAAUCACCUUGUAUACAAAUUUGAUUUUGAAACAGCUAUCUAAUCACAUCAGAAGAAGGAAAGUAUCGAAAAGAACAUGUGGUUACAUGUAUUCUAUUUUCUCAUGUAGAUUCCGAAAAUCACAUCAGUUUUCAAAUUUGAGCAACGGUUUUCGUGAAAAUCUAAUUUUCACGACUUUUCUCCCCUUAAAGAUUUUUUUUCGGAGAAACUGAUAGCUUUUCUGGGAUUCUCAAACCAAAAUACCGCACCGUGCAAAAUUCGAGCGAAAUCGGAGACAAAAGAUUUUUUUGUCAUUUUUAUAAGGUUAACCCCUUGGUUAUAAAAAUGACAAAAAAAUCUUUUUUUCCUAGUUAAAAAAAAAAUCUAUUUAAUAUUCUUCUAUAUGUCGAUCGUUAAUGAAUAAAGCAAUAUUAGAAGCGAUGAUGACCAGGCUUGGAGGAAUGAAUAUCUCCAUUUCUAUUGGAAACUUCUCAGUUGUCAGUCCGAUAUAUAAAUUGCUUCGACAUGAGGGAUGACCCUGUUAAAUUGAUGUUAAAAGUAGAAACAUUAGGACAAAAUAAAAAUAAUUUUUGGAUAAUAGAAUAUAUGUACUUAUCCAUUUUUGUCCUAAUUGAAAUAGCUUUUUUGCUUCCUGGACUAUAUCUAUUAGCAAAUGGCACAAACCUAGACAUUUUCAUAGAGUACUUCACGCCAUACUGCUUUUUACAGUCAGGAUGCGCUGGUCUUAUUAUUUCAGCAAACUUUAUGUCAAAAUCGGAAAUAGUUACAUCAACUUUGUAUAAUAUUUCAAAAGUCCUAGAAACGCAAAGUACAGCAUUUGAGAUGAAAAUUUUGAAAAAGGCAAGAAUGUAUAAUACUUUAUCGGUAGUGAUAUCAAUAUUAAGCGUAUGCGUUCAUCUUUCAUGUUUACCUUUACUCAUUGAUGAUGGAUUCGAAAAUUUCACAUUUUAUACUGUUAAGAGAUUUUAUGGCGACGGUCCCACUUUUAUUUAUAUAUUGCUGAUGUUUCCAUGUUUAAUAGCAGCUGGUUUAGCAAUCGUUCAGCCAGUGCUGUUUUUCAUUUAUUUCACAUUUCACAUACAAUUACAAUUGAUGUGGCUCAAUGAGUAUGUUAUACAAAAUUUACACAAGAAAUUGAAUAUACAUACGAAGAAUGGAAGAGAUCAAGAACUAAUCCACGAACAUCUUUUAAAUGUUGUCAAAUAUCGUUCGUGUUUUAAAAGAGCAGUCGACAGUAUCAAGACGUUUCAGAAAGUCACUAUAAUUUUAUUGAGUACAACAGGAGCAAUGACUUCAAUAAUGUGUAUUUACCAUAUAAGAAACAAUACCCAUCAAUCAAAAUCCUUCAAAAUGCAUUUGGUGAUUGUAACUUUCAUUUUGAUUUCGGUAUUAUUGAACAUCAGUGGUCAAGCUAUCUCAGAUCAGUCAAUAAAACUACGAGACAUAUUAUACGAGAGUCCUUGGACCGAUUGGAAUACAAAAAACAGGAAAACAUUAUUAAUAAUAAUAACCAAUAUAAUGGACCCUUGGGAGAUAUCAUUUUACAAUUUAAUUUCUACAAACCAUUUAUUUUUAACACAGUUAGCCAAAGCGGCCUACAGUGUGGCGGCUGUUCUCUCCGAACUUAAAUGAACUGUUUCAACAUCUGAAACAUACAUGAUGUCGGGAACAAUAAAUAUUUGUCCUAAAUAUGAAUAUUUGGAAAUUAAAAUUAUACUUGGUCAUAUUUUGUGAAAUAGAUACGUCAAUUAGGUGAAGCUAUUCUCAUAAUACGAACUAUAUCUAAAUAAAAAUUUUUAUUUCCAAAGAUUAGAUGCUUUUAACUUUGAAUGUUAAAAAAAAUCAUAGAUUAGAUGCCUUUGACUCUGAAGUUUUCACUCAGUAUAUUAUUAUAUGAAAUAAUUGUAACUGCACUUCAAUUAGAAUUAAAUGUCUAUUCGAAUUUCUUUCUAUAAUUAUUUCCCUUUCCAAUAUUUUUCUUCAUUUGAACAGAUUGUCUUUGGAUGUAUUAAUUAUAUUUCUUUACUUAAUAAUUGUACAUAAAUAUAAAAAUAGCAGUAUCAUAAUUUACUUAUUUUCAUUAAAAGGCAAAAAUAACCACCUU